GCCUAACCCCGCUAAGCCUCUCUCGCUCGCUCUUCCUGUCCACACAACACAAUGCAACUCCUCCGGUGUCGCUCAUACACACACUUACUGCUCACGCGCGCACUCACUGGUGCCCUUUUGUUUGUUUCAAACAGAUGACCAUCCUGAGCAGAAGAAACCUAGUCCCCAACCUUUCUCUAUUAAUACGCCUCUUUGCAUCACUCCCCGCUCUCUAUCGCUUCUCCCUCUUCUUUCUUUCUUUCUCACGUCUCUCAAUAAUUGGUAUAUGCACCGUUGUUCAGCAUGAGUGAUACCAGCAGCACUCUAUUCGAGCAUCCAACACCUGUGCUACCACCGCCACCGUCGUCGUUAUUGUUGCAGCAGCAGUUUGAUCCUUUCAAAGAUACGGUGGUCCAACAACAACAGCAGCACAAGAGUUCAUGUUGGCUCUUUGGGUCACUCUCAUCCAUAGGAAAGAAACGUAAUAACAAUAACAACCACAACCACAACCGAUCUCAUCAUUUUCCAUGGCGAGUCCCACCGCCGCCACAGCAGUUUCUGCCACCUCUACCACAUCAUCUUCUACCACCUGGCCCACCGCCACCACCACCAUCACUUGUGCCUCCACCGAUGAUGAAUAUGCCUGUUCCACCACCACCACAACAAUCCAUGUAUUCAUCUCCUCCACUUGCUGCAGCUUCAGGAGUGGCGGCAGCCGCGGCAUUUUUCCAUCAAUAUCACCCAGGAACAGCAGCAAUAACAGCAACGCAUCCUUUUCUGUCUAUGCCUCAACCUUUUGUACUCACUUCUACAGCCAUGUCGUCGUACGGAGAAUCACCUUACUGGGAACCUCAAGUAGUAAUACUGCAACAACAAUGUCGUUGCAACAAAGAAAAUGGCGAUAACAAUAAUAAUAAUAAUAAUAAUAACAGUAACCAUUUAUAUCGUCCUGGAGCUGAAAAGGAAGAACAAUAGAUAGAGAUAUCGACACACAUUAUCACAUCAGGCACACACACACACAUCUUUGUUAUAGUUUUUGUUGCAUCAUCAUCAGCAAAUUUACAAAAUUUUAUUAUUAAACGAAGGGCAUAUAAGGAACAUAAAUUAUAGUGAAGAGUCAUAGAAAAGUUGGUGUUAAAAUCAAAAGUUGUUGCUUGAUUUUUUAGGGUUUUUUUUCGAGUUUUUCCACUUUUUUUUUGUUUCGUCUUUUUUUCAGUUCAUGAGAACUU